AUGGUGGCACCGCCAAGGCCCUGCCUCAUGACCCUGCUGGAGGCUGGCUGGUACGGCCCCCGGAGCCGCCCCUCGGCCGGCGGCCCCUCGCCCACCGCCCUCGCCAAAGCUUGGUACGCCAACGGCGCCGCGACGGGCAGCUCCCCAAGCCUAUACCAAGAGGACGAGCUGCCAGAGGGGGGCGUGUCCGCGCUGCUGCCGGGGCAGCCCCCGCCCGGCCGUUCGGACCUUCCGAGGCCGCCGCAGCUGCCGCCGCCGCAGCUGCCGCCGUUGGACGGCUGCGGCGCGGCUGCGUGGGACGCGGGUCGGCAGGGGGCGGCGGCGGGGGCGCGCUGGCAGGAGGAGCGCUGCCAGGGGAUUCCACAUUUGCAGCCUGAAGGGGUAGGCCUUUAUAGGCCGUCACCGCAGCAGCCACCACACCACCAGCAGCAGCAGCGGCAGCAGCUGCAGGUGGAGGAGGAACAGGCGCAGCAGGGCGCCCCCAUCCCCGUCCGCGGCGGCGGCGAGUGCAGCACGAGCGGGCGGGGGGAGGGCGACCAGCAGCAAGCAGGGCUGGGCACGUGGGCCCACCGGCAGUUCAAGCUCCCGCUGCCCGGCAGGGGCGGCAAGGGCAACUCGAAGCAGCAGCAGGAGCAGGAGCAGCAGCAAAGACUGGAGCAGCGGGAGGACGAGGCGCAGCACGCGGCUUGCGCGGCCGCCGUCCCUCUCGGCUCUUCCGUCGCCCAGCCGAUCCCCCGCGGGCGCCAGCCGCCAGGCUCGGCCGCCGCCCCGCCCCAGGCGGCGGCGGGCGGCGGCGGCCGCGCGGACGACGACGACGAGGCGUACACCCGCGCGGCGUGGCGCUGGCGCUUCGCCAAGCGCUGGCAGGCGGAGCAGGCGCGGCAGCUCGACCCCGCGGCGUCUGGCGGCGACGGGGACGGCUUAGAGGAGGCGCUCGCGUACCUGGCGGCCUGCGGCCAGCCAUGGGACAUGCCUCGGACGCUUUCUGGCGACGGCGCCCUCGGCGCGAGCGGCUUCAGCGGCGCCGGAGGCGCGCUCGCGGCUGCGGCGGCGGGGCGGGGCGGCGGCGGCGACAUGGGGACGAUGGGCAGCGUGGGGCUGCUGGGGCAGGAGAGCCUGCUGGUGGGUGGGGACCUCAGCCGCGGCGCGUCACUCACCAAUGUGUCACCCGGCCGCCGCAGCGCGCUCGCCGGCGGCGGGCCCAGCGGCGCAGGCAGGGGCGGCGGCAGGGGCGGCGGCGGCGGGCGGCACGGCGACGCGACGCGCGAGCUGACGGCGGUGACGCGGCGCGCGACGCAGCUGCUGCAGGCGCAAACAGACCUCGGCCGCGCGGCGGACGAGAGGUGGCGCGAGGCGCAGGCGCCGCAGGGGGGCGGGCUGUGGGUGGGGGCGCUGCUGGAGGCCGUCGAGGUGGACGACUGGGGCAAGUUCAAGUUUGUUCUGGUGCGGGUGCGCGACCGCUGCGGGCGGCAGAAGCUGCUCGUGCGGGGCGGCAACUACGCGAGCGAGGGGAAGCUGCUCGAGCGGUUGCACCGGCAGCUGCUGGCCGCCGCCUCCGCCCACGGCGUCCCGCCCGAGCCGCUCGAGCCCAUUGGCGGCGGCGUCAUGGAGUGGCGCCGCGAGCGUGACCGCCACCUCCACCUGCACUCGGGGUUCCUGUCAAAGCACGCCGGCGGCCAGGGCGGCCCCAUGACGGCGCAGGAGGUGCUCAACCUGGCGGGCGUGCUGACGCGGCCGUCGCUGCCGAUGCACUAUAAGUUAACUUCGGAGGGCGGCCGCGCGCUGUGA